CCCCGGCUCCACCGUGUUCAAAAAUGUCCAGAAAUGACAAAGAACCGUUUCUUGUGAAGUUUUUAAAGUCUUCAGACAAUUCCGAAUGUUUUUUUAAAGCACUUGAGUCAAUAAAAGAGUUCCAAUCAGAAGAAUAUCUUCAGAUCAUUACAGAAGAAGAGGCAUUGGAGAUAAAGGAAAAUGACAGGUCGCUUUAUAUCUGUGACCCUUUUAGUGGCAUUGUCUUUGAUCACCUCAAAAAGCUUGGCUGCAGAAUUGUUGGCCCUCAAGUAGUCAUAUUUUGUAUGCACCACCAGCGAUGUGUCCCAAGAGCUGAACAUCCAGUUUAUAAUAUGGUUAUGUCUGAUGUAACUGUAUCUUGUACAAGCCUGGAAAAAGAUAAAAGGGAAGAAGUUCAUAAAUAUGUACAAAUGAUGGGUGGACGUGUAUAUAGAGACCUUAAUAUAUCAGUAACUCACCUUAUUGCAGGAGAAGUUGGCAGCAAAAAAUAUUUAGUUGCUGCAAAUCUAAAGAAACCUAUUUUGCUUCCUUCUUGGAUUAAAACACUUUGGGAAAAGUCACAAGAGAAAAAAAUAGCUAGGUAUACUGAUGUAAACAUGGAAGACUUCAAGUGUCCCAUUUUUCUUGGUUGCAUUAUCUGUGUGACUGGCUUGUGUAGUUUAGACAGAAAGGCAGUUCAGCAACUCACAAUUAAGCAUGGAGGUCAAUACAUGGGACAACUGAAAAUGAAUGAAUGCACACACCUCAUUGUGCAAGAACCAAAAGGUCAAAAGUAUGAAUGUGCCAAGAGAUGGAAUGUACACUGUGUGACCACGCAGUGGUUUUUUGACAGUGUUGACAAAGGUUUUUGUCAGGAUGAAUCCAUAUACAAGACAGAGCCGAGAUCAGAAACAAAGACUGUGCCUGAUACUUCAACUCCUACUGGCCAGCUCAACACAGUUGAUAGUCGUACUCUUUCAGAUGUCAGCCAUAUUUCCAACAUCAAUGCAAGUUGUAUAAAUGAAUCGAUGUGUAAUUCAGUUCUUAAUAGCAAAGUGGAGCCUACACUUGAAAAUCUGGAAAAUCUGGAUGUCAGUGCAUUUCAAGCACCUGAAGAUUUAUUAGAUGGUUGUCGGAUCUAUCUUUGUGGUUUUAGUGGCAGAAAGCUUGAUAAACUGAGAAGGCUUAUUAACAGUGGAGGUGGAGUUCGUUUUAAUCAGCUCAAUGAAGAUGUAACUCAUGUUAUCGUGGGAGAUUAUGAUGAUGAAUUGAAGCAGUUUUGGGAUAAAUCAGCCCACAGGCCUCAUGUAGUAGGAGCAAAAUGGUUGCUAGAGUGUUUUAGUAAAGGUUACAUGCUUCCUGAAGAGCCAUAUAUCCAUGCUAACUACCAGCCAGUGGAAAUUCCAGUUUCAGAUCAGCCUGAGAGUAAAACAGCCCUUUUAAAAAGGAACAACAGCUUGUCUAAGAAAAACUUGGCUCCUGAUGAAAAGCAUGAACAAGCUGAUGAAGAUCUGCUCUCUCAGUAUAUAAAUAAUAACCCAACAGUAGUUGAAGCUGUGAAGUCUGAAGUUGAGCCCUUUAAUGACUCUACUCAUAUUUCUCUGCCAGAAGAAAACCAGUCUUCUGUCACUUGUUGCCUCCCUGACACUUCUACAAUUACCGAAGAAGGUUUAUUUAGCCAAAAGAGUUUCCUUGUUUUGGGCUUUAGUAAUGAAAAUGAAUCUAAUAUUGCAAAUAUCAUAAGAGAAAAUGCUGGAAAAAUCGUGUCCCUUCAGAGCAGAAUUGUUGCUGAUUACGCUGUGGUUCCUCUGCUGGGGUGUGAAGUAGAAGCAACUGUGGGAGAAGUUGUCACAAAUACGUGGCUGGUAACCUGUAUAGACUAUCAGACUUUAAUUGAUCCAAAGUCAAAUCCUCUCUUCAUGCCAGUCCCAGUGAUGGCAGGAAUGACUCCUUUAGAGGAUUGUGUUAUUUCAUUCAGCCAGUGUGCAGGAGCAGAAAAAGAUUCGUUGACAUUCUUAGCAAAUCACCUUGGAGCAAGUGUUCAAGAAUUCUUUGUUCGCAAAUCCAAUGCAAAGAAAGGCAUGUUUGCCAGUACACAUCUUGUAUUGAAAGAACCAGGUGGUUCUAAAUAUGAAGCUGCCAAGAAGUGGAAUUUACCAGCAGUCACCAUAUCUUGGCUGUUGGAGACUGCUAGAAUGGGAAAGAGAGCAGAUGAAAGCCAUUUUCUGAUUGAAAAGUCUGCUAAAGAAGAACAAAGUGUGGAAACUGAAACAACAAACAGGGUGAAUCUAAACCCAGGUAUUCCAGAGCAUCCUGUUGUACACCUGGAAACUCAUAGGAAAACAGCUGUCACACCUUUAGAUAUGAACCGCUUUCAAAGUAAAGCUUUCCAUGCUGUGAUCUCACAACACACCAGACAGGUUUCGGCCUCCCCACCAGUGGGACAACCACUUCAGAAAGAGCCCUCCUUACAUCUGGAUACACCAUCAAAAUUUCUGUCCAAGGACAAACUCUUCAAGCCUUCCUUUGAUGUGAAGGUAGGGAUUACAGAAUAUGGUCCUAGAGUUAAUACUCAGAUAUUUCUCUUAGUUAUUUGUUUUUUAAAAUUUGGUUGUUUCAGAUGGAGUUUUGAUGAAACAGUGACUCAUUUCAUUUAUCAAGGCCGACCAAAUGACACUAACCGAGAGUAUAAAUCUGUAAAAGAAAGAGGAGUACACAUUGUUUCAGAGCACUGGCUUUUAGAAUGUGCACAAGAGUAUAAACACCUUCCUGAAUCUCUUUAUCCACAUACUUACAAUCCCAAAAUGAGCUUGGAUAUCAGUACAGUGCAAGAUGGCAGACUCUCUAAUAGUCGACUACUCUCAGUGGAUUCAGCAACAAAGGAUGAUGAGCCAGAUCAUUUGCCUGUAGAAGAAAACGAUAUAGACAGUGUGGCCACCAGUAACAAAGAAUCAGCAAUAUCAAAUGGCGGUGGAAGGAGUGACUCUAAAGGAGCUCUCACACAGACCUUGGAGAUGAGAGAGAACUUUCAAAAGCAGCUGCAGGAGAUAAUGUCUGCAACAUCAAUAGUGAAACCCCAAGGGCAGAGGGCUUCUCUUUCAAGAAGUGGUUGUAACAGUGCUUCUUCAACCCCUGAUAGCACUCGCUCUGCCCGCAGUGGGCGAAGUAGAGUCCUGGAAGCACUGAGGCAGUCACGUCAAACAGUACCUGAUGUCAACACAGAGCCCUCCCAGAAUGAGCAGAUCAUUUGGGAUGACCCGACAGCCAGGGAGGAGAGAGCAAGACUUGCCAGCAGUCUGCAGUGGCCUAGUUGUCCUACACAGUAUUCAGAGCUUCAGGUUGACAUUAAAAAAUUGGAGGACUCUCCUUCCCAGGAGGCUUUACAUGACUCAGAAAUUGCUGAACAGGCUCUCUGUGAUCCCGGAAACGUGUGUGUGACUGAAGCUCCAAAACCCCCGAUCUCUGAAGAACUGGAAACACCGGUAAAAGACAGCCACCUGAUCCCUACACCUCAAGCGCCCAGUAUUGCCUUCCCCCUUGCCAACCCACCAGUGGCUCCACACCCUAGAGAGAAGAUUAUAACAAUAGAAGAAACACAUGAAGAUUUAAAAAAACAGUAUAUAUUUCAGCUGUCAUCUCUGAAUCCUCAAGAACGUAUUGAUUAUUGUCACCUGAUUGAAAAACUAGGUGGUUUAGUAAUAGAGAAACAGUGCUUUGAUCCCAAUUGUACACACAUUGUUGUGGGACAUCCACUUCGAAACGAGAAGUAUUUAGCCUCAGUGGCAGCUGGGAAAUGGGUGCUUCAUCGCUCCUAUCUGGAAGCAUGCCGGACUGCUGGACACUUCGUACUGGAAGAAGACUAUGAAUGGGGAAGUAGUUCCAUACUUGAUGUUUUGACUGGAAUCAACGUUCAACAACGAAGACUAGCACUUGCAGCAAUGAGAUGGAGGAAGAAACUCCAGCAAAGACAAGAAUCGGGCAUUGUUGAGGGGGCAUUUAGUGGGUGGAAGGUUAUCUUAUAUGUUGACCAAUCCCGAGAAGCAGGAUUCAAACGCCUUCUUCAGUCAGGAGGAGCAAAGGUACUGCCUGGUCAUUCUGUACCUUUAUUUAAAGAAGCCACACAUCUCUUUUCUGACUUCAAUAAACUGAAACCAGAUGACUCAGGGGUUAAUAUAGCAGAAGCUGCCGCCCAAAAUGUGUACUGCUUGAAAACAGAGUACAUUGCUGAUUAUUUGAUGCAGGAAUCCCCUCCUCAAGUAGAAAAUUACUGUCUCCCAGAAGCAAUUUCGUUUCUUCCAAAUAAUAAGGAACCUGGGCCUGGAUUAUCACAGAAGAGGAAAGCUCCUACAGAGAAAAAUAAAAUGAAACGACCUAGAGUAAACUAAUAAUGUUUACUCUUCAGUCACCAAACAUUAGCAUUUUUAACUAUAAAGUCUGAAUGUUAGUCCUGGUUUUGCAUAGUAAUUUAAAGACAAGUGUCUGAAGAAGAAUUCAGCUUCAGAGUGUAAUGAUGACCUUGCUUGUAGUUUUUAACACCUGAAAUUUUAAUCACUGAAAUAUUAACUGUUUUACCUGAAAUAACAACAAAACACAAAGCCUUAGCUAGCUUGUCAUUAAACUGCAUUGACGGUGUAUGGGGCUGUUUAUUUUCUUGUAAAUAUCUGAGACUGUAGCUUAGUGGAAGUUUUAGUAAGGUGAUAGAUUUUGCCUUAAGAUGCCUGCUUUAAUUCGUAACAAUAAGGAAGUUGUCAAUUGGGAUUUAUUCAUAUUUUCCCUGAUUCUUCUCACCCCUUUCCCUCUUUUUAACAGGAGUCUGAGUACAAGGUUUAAUGAGGAACUGAGGCUUUAAACUUAAAUAUGUGUGAGUGUAUAUAUGUAUAUGCAUGUUUGUACAGAUCUCCAUGAUGUUUGCCAAGUUUGGGCGCCCAAACUUGGAAAAUAAAGACAAUAAAGAAUAAAAGUGACUCAUACAA